CAACGCGCAGCGACGAUGGCCGGAGCCCAGCCCAACAUCGCUCAGGAGCUGUUCGGCAUCCUCGGAGACAUCACUUGCGGCGGGCUGUUCCUCUCCCCGGUGGCUACCAUGUGGGACAUCAGUAGACACGGGUCGUCGGAGCAGUAUUCGGCGAGUCCGUACCUGGCGGGGCUCCUCAACUGCGCCGUUUGGCUCCUCUACGGCUAUGUGCACCCGAACGGCAAAUGGGUGUUCGGCAUCAACAUCGUUGGCUCGCUUCUGCAGCUGCUGUACAUCGUCAUCUUCGUGUACUACACCACUGUUGAUGAUGUGCGCUACCAGAUCUACUACAUGUUGUUCGGUGCCGGUGUUUGCCUCGUUGGCAUUAUGGCACUGGUGUUCGGCCAGGCACAUUCGACGGAGCAAAAGUGCAUGGGGUUUGGCUUGGCCGGCGUCGCCACUGGCAUUGGCAUGUAUGCCGCGCCGCUCAUCCAGCUGAGAUCUGUGGUUGAGAGGGGGAACGUGGAGGGCAUGUCGCUGCUCCUAAUUGGGGCAUCACUCGGCAACUCCGCGGUCUGGACCGUCUACGCGUGCCUCGGCCCCGACUUCUACGUCUUGGUCCCCAAUCUGAUUGGCGCGUUGUGCACGGUGGUGCAGCUGGUUGUCUACUUCCGCUACAACAACAACAACAACAACAACGACGCAUAACGGAGGUCGGGAACUGUAUGAAGUAACAACUAGUCAAAAUAGUCUGUUGCAGUGGAAAGUUUUCUUUUUCUGUGCAAGCAGGAUGUCUCUUUUGGUAUCUCCAUUUAUCAUUCAAAAUGAAUUUUUGUAAUAGUAAAUGAUGAGGACCAUAUGCAUUGGAUGAAUCUGAUGUCGGGAAGAAACUAGUCAAAUUUGUAGUCACACAACACUGCUUGAUCAUGAGAGGAACCGUAGCACAAUUCGAUGAGGCAUGUGUAUUGA